AAAAAGUGGACACCUCUACAUUGUGCAGCAGCUAAAGGUAACACAGGGAUCGUUGAAAUCCUUCUCAAAGCCAAAGCAAAUGUUAACGCUGAAGAUGAGGAAAACUGGUCACCUCUACAUUUCGCUGCUAACACAGGUCAUAAAAAGAUUGUAGAGAUUCUUGUUAGAGCCGGAGCACACAUCAAUGCCACAUGUAAACUAGGAAACACUCCUGUGUUUUACAGCAAUGCGAAUGGUUAUCAUGAGGUAUCCAAAUAUCUUUUAGAAUGUGGAGCAACAUUAAAACAAGGGGCUUUACAGCUGUUAAUCGAAAAACUCCGUUCAGUUUUGACCACCAGAAGGUUGUCUCACAUUAAAACACCCAAGAUAGUUCACAUGAAACGACACUCGUCAGACGUCAUCUCUCCAUAUUCUGAACAUAAUGACGCCAUGAUCCUGACUACAAGUGAAAGGGAAGUAACUCCAAGCGGGGCAUAUACGAAAG